AUGAGUAGUCCUAAGCGGAGGAUAGAGACGGAUGUGAUGAAGCUCAUGAUGAGCGACUAUGAGGUGACUCUGGUCAAUGACAACAUGCAAGAAUUCUAUGUCAUCUUCAAAGGACCUACAGAAACACCCUUUUCAGAUGGCAAAUGGAAAGUCCACGUCGAGUUGCCAGACCAAUAUCCUUACAAAUCGCCUUCCAUUGGCUUCGUCAACCGCAUCUUCCACCCCAAUAUUGAUGAAUUGUCAGGAUCAGUCUGCUUGGAUGUCAUCAAUCAGACUUGGUCCCCUAUGUUUGACAUGAUCAACAUCUUUGAAGUAUUUCUACCACAACUGUUACGAUAUCCCAAUCCCACCGAUCCCUUGAAUGGUGAAGCGGCCGCUCUGUUGAUGAGGGAGCCUAGGAGUUACGAUGCUCGAGUCAAGGAGUACGUCAACCAGUACGCAACCAACAUCCACGAUGAUGCGGACGAGGAAGAAGGCGAGACAGACGGCGAACUCAGCGAGGUGGAAGACUUCAACAGCGAUGGAGAAGACGAACCCGCUGGAAAACUGGAAGAUGUUUGA